GGUGCAUGAAGGUUCCGACGUCUGCCAUCUGACAGGGGAUUCCUUAACCGGGCGGAGGGGCUGACGAACAAAAGCGAGCAAGAGCUUCAGGAGAUGGCUUCAUCUCAUUUGCAGGAUCCCAUAUGUGAUUGAUGGAAAGUUGUCUCAUACGGCCCUGGCUUCAGCAACGCAGGGCAGAGUACGCUGCUACGCGGGAUAACUACCGAGACGGAACAACAAGAUACGAAAAAGCGGGACUUUUCCAUUUUGAAAGGAGUACGGAUAGUAUUGUGACCUGUUAUCGCAUGCUUGCCAAUCAAAGAGUCGUCGGCGGUUUGUUUCAACGAUCAGUCAUCUUCGGGCUUCCAGCAGAACUGCCCGGAACAACAACAAUUUGUAGCAGGGUUGUGCCGACCAUCACCGACGGCAUAUGCCAAACGACUCUCUUGGCAAACGGCACUGUUUACGUGAUCCUCGACAACAGGGAAGCCGUUGAGUUUGCGAGCCAAACACCACUAAUUUCAUAUGAAUGGAAAACGUGUUUCCACCAACAAAACUGGAACACCACUGCCCCGUCCAAGGGCUUCCGUUGGAGGAGAUUGUGGGUCAUUGAGAAAAGAUACACUACGGUUCAAUGUCGUCUAAGCUACUACUGCAUUGCACCCAGUGCAUUGUUUUCUCGGCAGAUCCGACUAAACUAUACGGUAAUGUGCAGCCAAGGGAUUGUGAAGUCAUUGUUGACUUCGUGUGCGCAGUCGGUAGGGCCAACUGUUGGCUCGUUUGUCAGUGAUGGGGGACAUCGAUACUCGACAUGCCUUGGGAAUUUAGAAGUCGGUGUGGCACAUGGAUUUUAUGUGUAUCUAUGCUGGGACUUAGGCGAGCGGACGGGAUCGAUCCGCCGGCUUCAUGCAAGCACUCAAGCCGAGCCGCUUGUCUCUUUCGGGCCAGUGGCCUCCAGUCUUGUUACAUGCCGUAUUGAGAGAAUUAGCCGCACCGAUUGCUCCUAGAUGAAACAGUCUUACCGCGGAACUGAUCUUCGUCUAAAGGGGGAGGGGCCUCGCUAUGGGAGAGGCUAGUCCAGAAUCCGCCGCGGAUCUUCUCGGUGAGGUCCUCGACUCCUUCUUGGAGUUGACAGAUGCGGAAGGUCGCUGGCCUAAUGUCGCUUCUCAAGUCUACG